GCUGGUGGAGCUGCUGCAGGCUGCAGCGCGUCUGUGUGUGGAGCUCCGCCCUCCCUGCGCACACCGCGGCCCGCCCAGCGUCCGCUAACUCCCGAUCGAGCCCUGCCCGAGUCUGGGGAAACCCGACGGCCUGCCUGCCCUGGGAAAAUCUGGAGGCCGCCGCGUGCGCUUAUCUACGUUGUGCCGUGGCAAAUGAAGAAUAAAGACGAUGGAUGAGGAGGUGACAAGGCUUGCACUCCGCUCCCAGGAGCCAAAGAUAAUACUGCACGGCUCAGAUGAGGGAGGUGUUGGUGAGGAGGAGUACGUGGUGGAGCUUCAGGAGACUGUCCUGGUGUCGGAGGUAGAUGGGGAGGGCAUCUCUGUUCAGGGCUUCUCCUCUGACGAGCUCGUCAUCCAGGACGCAGUGGAGGACGUGGUUGCAGAGUAUGUGCACUGUGAUGACGACGAGGGUGUUGCCGUGGAGACCUGUGUGAUGUCCUUGGAGGGUGAGGAGGAAGAGGAGGAUGGUGUUGCCAUGGCAGAGAUGACCGAGGAUGUUUUGGUGGCAGAGGGGAGGGAGCCGGACGGACUGGACCCAGAGCACGACUCCGACAGCUGCGGAGACUACCUGAUGAUCUCAUUGGAUGAUGCAGGUAAGAUGGUGUCGGGUGAUGGAGACGAGGUGACGGUGGAGGGGGCAAUAGAUGAUCAGGAGGUGGAGAAAGAUGAAGAUGGACAGGAAGUUAUUAAAGUUUACAUCUUCAAAGCAGACUCUGGAGAGGAUGAUCUUGGGGAGACGGUGGACCUCGGUGAGAGUGAAAGUGAGGCAGUAGCUCUGGCUGAGCCGGUGGUUCGACCGCUACGAGAGAAGAUGGUCUAUAUGUCUGUGGGAGAUGGUCACCAUACACAAACUGAUGGAGGGUCUAAGCUGUCUGAUGAAGUGUACAUGGAGGUGGUGGUCGGAGGGGAGGAGCCAGUGCCUCAUGACAGACCGUAUGAAAGCACGGCACUGAGCAAGGAAUUCAUGCCUGUAGCGUGGGCUGCUGCAUACGGCGCGGAUGAUCAUGAGGGCUGUGAGAAUCGUAACGGUGCAGCAAGUGCGUUACUGCACAUCGACGAGUCGGAUGGACUGGACAAACUUAGCCGGCAGCACGGCAAAAACAAGAGGCGAGCUGAACCCCGACAGGUCCAGACAGCGAUCAUCAUUGGUCCGUAUGGACAGCCUUUGACGGUCUAUCCCUGCAUGCUGUGCGGAAAGAAAUUCAAGUCUCGCGGCUUCCUGAAGCGUCAUACUCGCAACCACCACCAAGAAGUUUUGACCCGCAAGAAGUACCAGUGCACCGACUGCGACUUCACCACCAACAAAAAAGCCAGUCUGCACAACCACAUGGAGGUCCACGCGCUCAGCAACAAAGCUCCUUUCGAGUGCGAGACCUGCGGCAAAGAGUUCCACCAGCAGGCGGCGCUGUUUUCCCACCGUCUUCAACACCAUCAUCGCGAACAGAAAUCACCGACGGCCAUUGCGGCACCAAUCCCUCCCCCUGCUGCAACCAAGAUGUACAAAUGCAAGUUUUGCGAUUAUGAGACUGCCGAACAAGGCCUGCUCAAUCGCCACCUACUGGCCGUACACAGUAAGAGCUUCCCGCACAUCUGCGUGGAAUGCGGCAAAGGUUUCCGGCAUCCAUCAGAGUUGAAGAAACACAUGCGGACGCACACCGGCGAGAAACCGUACUCCUGCAUGUAUUGCGAUUACAAAUCCGCCGACUCGUCCAACCUCAAGAUGCACGUGAAAACGAAACACAGUCGCGAGCUGCCGUUCCGCUGCGAGCGUUGCAGCCAGACCUUUAGCGAGGAGGAGGAGUUGACGCAGCACGCGGCGACGCAUGAAGACGCACGAGGGCACCAAUGCAGCCACUGCGACCAUCGCAGUUCCAAUUCGAGCGACCUUAAACGGCACGUUAUUUCCGUGCACACUAAAGACUACCCACACAAAUGUGCCAUUUGCGGAAAAGGCUUCCACCGGCCGUCCGAACUCAAGAAACACUCGGCGUCGCACAAAGCGAAGAAGCUACACCAGUGUCGCCACUGCAACUUCAAGAUCGCAGACCCUUUCGUACUUAGUCGCCACAUCUUGUCAGUACACACCAAGGAACAACAACAAAUGCAGCAACAGCCAACUUCUCCAUCACCGAUUACGCAAGCACAGGAGCCAUUGGCAGAAAAGAGCGCCCCCAAGAGGACUAUAGGGGCAGCGCAAUUAGCAGCGGUUGGUGCCGCGGUAAAGAAAGCAGGUGGAGGGGCAGGCAAGGGCCCGCGGGAAAGGAGGGUGUAUCAGUGUCAGUAUUGCGACUAUAGCACGGGCGACGCAUCUGGCUUCAAAAGACACGUGAUUUCUAUCCAUACUAAAGAUUACCCUCACCGCUGUCAGUACUGCUCUAAGGGCUUCCGUAGACCUUCUGAGAAAAAUCAGCACAUUACGAGGCACCAUAAAGACAUGGCGCCAGCAGAAUGAGUGUGAAGAAGCCCUUUGCCCCUCCUCUUCCUCAUCUUUGUCCAUACGUCACUCACUUCCGUAAAGACACUAAUCAACCAGUGAUUCAAAAGCACGCCAUCCCUCGUAUUGGCAACCUCUGCACAGGCAUUCAUUUUGAAGACUUGUCAUGCAUUGCAAUGUGUGUAUAUUUGUGUGUGUACGUUGUUGUGUCUUUAUGAGAGAGUGAAUAUGAAAUGUCUCGUGAAAUAGAACACAUUUUUGCAUCUUAAUGGCCAUUUUCGUGGUCUUCUGCGUUAAAGGAAUACUAGUUCACCCCAAACUGAUUUAUGCACCCUCAUGUCAUUCCAAAGCUGUCAGUGUUUUUUCAGUUGAACACGAAAGUAGAAAUGUUUUAAGCGUUUUUAAUCGUUUCGCCGCUCUUUUCCAUAUACAUACAUCCGUCAAGCUCCAAAAAGGAUAAAAACACCAUAUAAAUGACCAAUACAGCUUGUGUGCUAUAUUCCAUGUCUUCUGAAGCCGUGUGAUAGCUUUAAGUCAUUAUGCAUUGAUAAUCGUUCCUGUCCGGAUUAAAAAGUUGCAUGUUGAUGUCAUCGACUACGUGUGCAAGUAACCGAACAAGAUGCUUAAUUUUUUUUAAUCCUGGAUGCAAACACGGGAAAACGUGAGCUCGCCGGAGGGAACAAUAGUAUCCAGCUGCAGACCCGCAGCACCACCAGUUUCAGAACCCCAGCGCCAGAACCUGAAGUGAGGGGCGGAGCUUACGUUCGAAACUGAGUAGCGCCACCUAACGUUUUGGAGCGUAGUUUGCUUUUAUUACAAACGAAACAUCAUACUUUAUACAUAUGUUAUAAUGAUACAUUAAGGUACAGUACAAUAAGCAUUUUAAAACAUUGAUCUUGUGUAAUAUAAUUGUAUAAUGUUAUCCGUUUCAUUGUAUUAUGAGAGUUACUUCCUGAUCAUGAUGGUGAAAAAUAAUGCUUGAAACUUAAUGGGCAUUUUAUAUAAAAUAUACUUUAUUUCACAAGAACAUGUGCAGCAUGCAUUUUUCUUUAUGUAAAAUAAAACAUGUCAAAAAACUAAAAAAGAGAGAAAAUUCAGCAUCAUUUUAAAAGAAACAAUAAAAAUAUAUACAACAAAUGACCAAUUCACCCCUAGGCCCAUUUUAUUAUCAUGACAAUCCUGUAUAAAUUAAACUUAAAAUGUAUCAAAUGAGGAAUUCACUCUCAGGCCCAUUUUGUCCUUACAUUCUUGCAAAAAUAACUCCAUGUCAUCCCUGAACACAAAAUGAAAUAGAAAGGGCUCUCUGGAAGCUUCUGACUGUUCCAGGAGAUUGUUGCGGGCCUUUUCCUUGUGGUCUUCAUUCAUUCGAAAUGUCUCUACAAGAGAUGAAAGCACCACACAAUAAUCUCAACGUAAAAUAAAACCUCAACUAUAAGGUAACAUUAACUCACAAACAUUGCAUAUAACAGAGGAACGUGGAACAAACACUUUAACACCUUCACAAGAUGUCUUCAGAACGUCACCGUAAGGCUCAUUUACAACACGCAAAAAUGUAUCGAACCAUCCGUAGAAUUUUUUUUAAUACAAUAAAGUAUGACAACAUAUUCAAGCUUCAUUAAGAUGAUAAAGUUAUGCACAAAUUAAAUAUUUAGCAGAUAAACGCUGAACUUAAUAUAUGCGAUAAUUUUUCACCACAUGAUGUCAAAAACGUUAGACAACGUUACACAACUCACCAUGCUCUCCGCCAUGCUUGUCUCAUUUUCAAUAACUCCGCCCCUCACUUCAGGUUCUGGCGCUGGGGUUCUGAAACUGGUGGUGCUGCGGGUCUGCAGCUGGAUAUGUCUCGGAGGGAAAGAUUAUCAGUGAAUAACAUCAGUUUUGGUCUUUUCCUCACACAAAGCUAAUGUAUGCUUUGACUACUUUAACGGUGCCAGGAUAUUCCUCUAACAUUUAACUUUUUGUGUUCCACUGAAGAAAAUCAUACGUGUUUGGAACGACAUGAGGGUGAGUAAAUGAUUACAGAAUUUUCAUUUUUGGAUGAACCAUUCCUUUAACUUGGGUUAAUGGAUGCGUGUAAUUGUUUUAUGUCUUUUUAUCAACGCAUUUCAGUUUGUUUUUGUACAAAUGAACAACGUUUGGAAUCGGCCUCUGGGAUCAGGUGCGAUAUUUCUGAAGCAUUUCAGAUGCAUAUUGCGAAUGCAUUUAGUUUGUCAUCUCAAAUGAGUUGGAACAGGGGCAGUCUGACCCUAACUCUCUAAAAUGAUUUUUGAAUAUAGGUAUAUGUGACAGAUGUCUUGCAAUUUAACGGCAUGUCCGUCGGGUUGAUUGGCGUCCUUGUGGGUAAAUUGGAAUGUUAUAAAUCAGGUAAUGCCUUAAGUCUCUGCUAUAAUUAUAAGAAAGCUCGAGUUCUGCGGUAACAAAGGAAGGAUUUUAAUGUUUGAAGAAUUGUCUGAUAAUGCAAAGGUAAUUGUUUUCUAAUGUUGUAAGUUGAUUUAAAUCCAUUGCACAUAAAGAGUGGCUGUAUGGGAUCAUGCAUUUAAAAAAAAAUAGAAAUAUUUUAGGAUUUUUGCAUUUUAAUUUCAUAACAAAAUUCCAUCAAAUUAAAUUG